AUGAAAUUCGCUUCUGUCGCUACCCUCGCCUUCUUGACCUCCUCCACCCUCGUUGGUGCUGCUCCAGUCGAUGAGAUGCACUCGGGCGGUCUUGUGCUCUCCAAGAGAGAGAUGGACUUUUUCAACGAGGACACCGUCGACAUGGUGGUUCGUGAGUUGAUGAACGGCGCCUCUGAGGACGAGUUGCACAAGAGAUUCGAGCUCUCGGACAACCAGAAGCAGUUCAUCUCCAAGAUCUUCAACUUGCUCAAGAAGUACGCUUCUGGUUUCUUGAGCAAGAAGAUCCACCCAACCUCUGGUGCUGGAACCGCCACUGCCACCGGCACCAACCCAGUCACUGACACCGCCACCGCCACUACUGCUCCAACCAGUGCUGCUGGAUACGGCACCGAUACUCCUGCUAACACCAAGGACAGCGCUGGCGCUGCCGCUGGCGUUUUGUCUGCCAUCAAGGGCGCCUACUAA